GUCAAAGUAGGCUCCACUUCCGCUUGCCUACCCCAGCCUGUCCUUUGGUCCCAAGAGCAAACUGGUUGAACUAGUGGAGGUUGUGCGGAUGCUAAGUCCCGGGCUUCAAGACCUCUUCCCUGUCACCCUGCCUUGACCUGGCCGCUCCUGCAGCUGAAUGGACUUCUCUCUGGGCCUACGUUUGGGGCCUCGGAACAAGAAGGCCAGCCACCAACAUCCCCCUCCACCCUCCGGGCACGGCCCACCAGCUGCCUCGCCUUGUCUGUCCUGCCCCCCCUCUCCCUGUGCCUGCCCCUGCCCUGGCUGUCCCCCUCCCACCUGCUCCUGCACUACCUAUCCCUAUUACGCAGCUCCCUGCCCCUCCUGUCCCGGCCUCCCUGGCCCACCCUGUACCUGCCUCUGCCCUCCCUGCCCUGCCUGUCCACCCUUGACUUGUCCCCUCAGUUCCUGCAGCCCCUGCUCUGCUCCGCAUUUGACCUGCUGCCACCCCUCUCCCUGCCCCAUGUACCCUUGCUCCAGGGGUCAAGCCGCCUGUUCCAGCUCCUGCUUGGGCUGCAGUGACAGCUGUGGCCGUGGCCGGGGGGCUGCCCGGGGACCUCCAGGCUCCGCCGGCUGCUGCAGCUGCUGCUUCAGGGGACACCGCACCUCUCGACACUGUCUGAUAGUCUAGCUGGGCUGUUGCCCCUUGAGAGAUUGCCAGUCUUCCAGGACACUUCUGCAGCUGCUUCCUCAGGGAGGAGGCAGAAGCUCUGGAGGACGGAGAAGGAUCAGCUGGACCCCUCACCCAGGCAGGGAGAGGAGGCUGGCUGCUGAGAUCCCCCGGCCUCCUCCUCAGUCCCGGGACGUCUGCUUUGAAGCUAGUUUCUGGGCGUGCUCUCACUGGUUCCAGAACCUCCUCUUCCGCAACUUCUGGAAUGGAAAGUGUUCUUCUCAGAGCCUCUCCCACGGCCCCUGAAGGGUGGCCAAAUAGCUCUAAGUGGUGGAGAAAACUUCUUACUUACAGAAGAACUCCAGCUAAUGUAGAAGGAAUAUGGAAUUAGAAAAAUCACCAUUUUGCAACCCCUUAAUGAAAUAAUUGAUCAAAGCAAGAAUCGUCAAUGGAUGAAACCAAGGAUGGUGGUUGAUGGAGAACUUUACAAUGGAGGAAUAAGGCUGUCACUACCUGACCCCACUGAUGAAUCUUAGCAUCGCUAAAAAUGGCACAACCACAUGCCGUGUACCUCCUGAUGUGAUGCAAUCUGAAGCACUCAGCACCACCUGUGAAGGACUCUUGCCAAACAAAGAAACAAACAAAAAAACUGAACAUGAUUCUAAUCAAACCUCUAGAGCUAACCUCCAUUUAAUGAGAAACAUGGGGGGUGGAGGAACAUAUUAAAUGACAAAACAAGGAAGUGAGAAAACAUAUCCAGAACGUGGGACAUUCUAAAGGAGAUCUGACUGGAUUUCUUCAACUAGUCAAUGGCUGGUGGUGGUGGUGGGGAGACCUUGUUUGGUUCCUGAUUGGGACCACCCAAUUGUAAAGAGACAUUUUUAGACUGCUGGAAACAUUUAAUUAUGAACUGAGUACUUACAAUGCCAA